GCUAUGAUAGGAGAGCUAGUCUUGACACGAGGAGGAAUGCAAAAGCAACGUAGUGGAGAUUUGAUUCUGAAUACGUUUUUGGGCUUCCUUGGAACUAAUAGUGAGAGGAUCAAAUGACAGGAGAUCUAGAGAUACCAUUGAAAUAGCUAAAGACAUUCGGGGCGUGAAGUAAGAGUCGGCUGGAAACUGAUUUUCUUUGGCAAUAUUAUAUAUCACGAGCCUUGAAAACUUAAGCUAUUUACGGUGUUUCUAACAUGGAACCAAAAUGGGUACUUCUUUUGGGCCUCCUCCUGCCGUCAUGUAGUGGAUGUGCCAUUGGAUUUACAUUUUAUAAUAAGAAAUGUGUUGAUUAUAAUGAGUGUGCGAUUUUUCCAAGCAUGUGUGGCAAUCACUCCGUGUGUGUAAAUACAUAUGGAAGUUAUGACUGCACCUGUAAUAAUGGGUUCGAAAGGAGUUCAGGAGCGUGUAAAGAUAUAGACGAGUGUAAAAAGAAUGAAUUUGCCUGCUCAGAUCAUAUGGAGUGUGUGAAUUCAAUUGGCUCUUACAUGUGUAUUUGUCAGCUUGGGUACCAGCGGACGAGCGAGGCAGAAUGUGAAGAUGUGGAUGAGUGUUUGUCCUCAGUGUGUGGAGUUCACAGCAGUUGCAUUAAUACACCUGGGAGUUUCCUCUGCACCUGUUCUCCAGGGUUUCAUAAACAUGAGAAUGACAGCAGCGGCCCAUGUGAAGACAUCGAUGAGUGUGAAGAUCCAGAUGUUUGUGGCACAAAUGCCACCUGCUACAAUCAUCCAGGCGGAUACAGCUGCAAAUGUCACCAGGGUUACAGUAACUACGGCAACAACCAGUCAAAAUGCAUCGAAAUGAACUGUGAUCAGUUUAAACCUGAGCCUGACGCUGGACACACACUGGAGAAGUUGAAGCAUUUGAUGUCACUGUUGAAGAACAGCUGUGAGUCUCUGAAUGAUCCACAAGCAGAACAGUUCACUGGAGAGAUGUUACUGGAGAACUUGUUCAAUUCCACUGAUGAUCUGCUGUCGGAUGGAAACAUCACUAGCGGAAAGAUGUUGAGUCAGUUUCUGGAUGCGGUGGAGAACAGCAUGCGUCUGAUUGGACCUCAGCUUAAAGAGCCUGUGACCAGGAUGGAGACGCACAACACCUUCGCUGAGGUUGCAGUCAGGCGGAGUCAGACUCCGCCCACUGGGAGUGUCACUCUGAGCACAGACUCCGCCCUCUUCAACAUCAGCUGGGAGACAGUUGUAGGGAAAUCAUAUCCAGGUUUUGCGUUUGUGGCGCUGGUCAGUUAUAAAGAUCUGGACACAUCUGGCCAUCAGUUCCACAAGAUCAGCAGAACAUCACAGGAGCAGGAGAGCAGAGAGAGAUCAGAUGUGAAGGGGAAAAACGUCACUUAUCAGCUCAACUCGAAGGUGGUGACGGCCGUCGUCAGUAAUCCAGAAACCAAACAGCUGUCUGAGCCGGUGAUGCUCAUCUUUACCCACACGGAGGAGAGGGCGGAGUCUGGGGGUGUGGCUUACUCCUGUGUGUUCUGGAAUGAGGCUGAGGGGGCGUGGUCUGGGCGGGGCUGUGAGAGGGCGUGGUCUAACAGCACUCACACAGGCUGUUCCUGCUCUCAUCUCAGUAGCUUCGCUGUGCUGAUGGCCCUUUAUCCCAUGCAGGACUCGUUUGAGUUGGUGUUGAUCACACGUGUGGGUUUAGUUCUGUCUCUGGUCUGUUUAUUUCUCUGUAUCCUGACGUUCCUGAUCUGCCGCUCAAUCCAAGGAACCCGAAACAGCAUUCAUCUUCAUCUGUGCGUGUGCCUCUUCAUCGCAGACCUCGUCUUCCUCUGCGGGAUCUCCAGUACUCACAACAGGGUAGCGUGUGCGAUUGUGGCUGGCCUGCUUCAUUACUUCUUCUUGUCUGCGUUCUGCUGGAUGCUGCUGGAGGGGGUUCAGCUCUAUCGGAUGGUUGUGCUGGUGUUUCACACCACAUUAAAACAUCUCUACAUGUAUGCGGUGGGAUACGGAGUCCCUCUCGUCAUCGUCAUUAUCUCUGCCAUCUCUUAUCCGCGGGGAUACGGCACUGAUCGACACUGUUGGCUCUCUCUUGAUCGUUAUUUUAUCUUGAGUUUUUUCAUACCCGUCUGCAUCAUCGUCAUCCUCAACUGUUUUGUCUUCAUCAUCACUGUGUGGAAACUGGCUAAAAAAUUCUCCAAUCUCAAUCCAGACCUCUCCAAACUCAAACAGAUCAGGAGUUUUACAGUGACCGCAGUGGCUCAGUUGUGUGUUCUCGGCGGGACGUGGAUCUUUGGCUUCUUCCUCUUCCAGGAGAAAGGGACUGAAGUCAUGUUGUACCUCUUCAUCAUCUUCAACAGCCUACAGGGGGCGCUCAUCUUCAUCAUGCACUGCCUGCUGUCCAAACUGGUCAGGACGGAGUAUUACAGUCUGUUUGGCCGAAUGUGCCCACAAAAGAAGAAAGGAGAAUACAGUACCAGCCAGUCCAACAGCAGUCAGAAACCGCUGCGGAGCGACAACAGCACAGGAGAGUCACAGAUAUGAAGUCCUCAUGGAUGUUUACAAACUCUUGAACACAAGACAAUAUCUGAAGACUUUUCACAAAGCUUCAGUUCAGCCUUUCCUGUCAGAAGAUCUUCGUAUUGCUUUCCAUCCAUCUGUUCAGGAAGAUUGCAGAUGUGGGUUCAUCAAACAUCUGUUUCCUGAGACGGAGUUAAAGGUCUGUCAUGGGAACGGCUGAAACGGAUCACUCCAUUAAAUGAGUAAAAUAUUCAGGAUGCUUCUGUAUUUGGCUUUACUUUGUUGUGCAGGUGGAGGAUCUUACAUUUUAUGUCAUGCAAAUGGUGGCAGCUUUAAAAUAAUCAAUGUUUUAUUGUAUCAAGGGAGAUGUUGACAUGAUUAUGUCAUAAAAACAGUUAAACGCCUCAUGAACU